AGAAUGGAACAGUCGAAUCAGGAAACCCAACCCAACGUCCAAUCCAAUGCUCGAGAGCCCCAACAGGGUAAUUCUGUUCCUGAAGAGUCUGGCCAAGCACCUAAUGAAGGUGGAAACGCAACGAGUUCCGCGAAGGAAUCGGCAUCGCAUCCUCCGACGGGGCAAUCAUUGGCACUCGUCGUGUCGUCUGGUGGCGUCACUAAGAAAUCUGUGCAUUGGAACCCCGAAUUGGUUAAGGAAUCCAUCUUCGUGGCGUCUCCCCAAGAAUCGCCUCGAUAUUUUCAUUCUUCCCCUUUGUCCUCGCCCUCCUUCUCGGUAAAGGACAAGUUAGAGACCGUUCGGAAUGUGCUAGGAAGACUGGGGAGGGGGGUGGGAGAAGCAACAAAGAAGGCAGAGACUCUGGCUGAAAACACUUGGAUUCACUUUAGAACAAACCCGAGUUUUACUGAGGCUGCUGUGGGAAGGAUUGCCCGGGGAACAAAGAUACUUGCAGAAGGGGGCCAUGAUAAUAUCUUCCGACAAACUUUUGAGUCGGUUCCUGGGGAACGGGUUCUGAAAGCUUAUGCAUGUUAUGUAUCCACAUCAGUUGGUCCAGUAAUGGGAACUUUAUAUAUAUCCACUGAAAAGAUUGCAUAUUGUAGUGACAACCCUCUUGCCUAUCAAUAUGAAACGAAAACAGAAUGGAGUCAUUACAAGGUUAUCAUCCCAUUACAUGAGCUUAAAGCAGUGUUUCCAUCAUCAAACAGACACAAUCCAGCCGAAAAGUACAUCCAUCUAGUCUCAGUCGACAAUGAGGAAUUUUGGUUCAUGGGCUUCUUUGACUACGAUGGUGCUGUGGAGUGCCUCAAAGAAGUUUUUCAAUCCAGUGACCCACAACCUGACCAGUAGCAUAUAGCUCUGUGAAUCCAGGCAGCACUUUUA